AUGAAUCAAUCACCCGUUGUAGCGAAAUGUAACGAUGGGUCUUCAAUUACUGUGUAUCCCCAGGGUGCGCACCUUACCAGUUGGCGCAACAGGGACGGAGAGGAGUUGCUCUACACCAGUCCCUCCGCGGUGUACAAGGAUGGGGUUGCCAUCCGUGGCGGAGUCCCCAUCAUAUUUCCUCAAUUUGGAAAUUUGGGACCACUGCCUGCACAUGGAUUUGCACGCGUGCGCCAAUGGACAUUGAAGCACGCGGGGAAUGGAACGGCCUCAUUCACUCUUGACGUAAAGACGUCUGAGCUGCAAUCAGAUGGGUCCCCAUUCAAGGCAGAGUCAAAGAUGCCCGCAUCGGCCUCAUCAAGUACCGUCGCGCUCUUGUACACCAUUACAUUCAGCAACGAUCGGUUGCAGUUACAGAUGGAGAUCACCAACAAAGACCCAUCUGAGUCUACCGACUUCACCUUUGCUUUUCACACGUAUUUUGCAAUAUCAGACGUUCAAAACGCACUGGUGAACGGUGUAAAUAUGACCUCGUAUGUUGAUAACCUGGCUGGGAACAGAACGAUUCUUCCACCACAACAGUUGUGGAACUUUGCGAAGGAGACAGACCGUGUCUAUGUCAACCAAAGCUGUGCCGUCUUGCUGCUUGAUAUGGCAAAGAAAAGGACAACGCACAUCUCUGGGGAGAACCUGCCGGAUGUCGUUGUAUGGAAUCCAUGGGUGGAGAAGUCGGCGCGUCUGAAGGAUCUUCCGCCGGAUGGAUACAAACACUUCGCCUGUGUGGAGCAUGGUGCUAUUAUAAAGAAGGUUGUCCUGCCUCCGCAUGGGGUGUGGAAGGCUGUUCAGCAUAUUGUGCAGCUCCCGUGCUCCAAGCUUUAA